AUGCCCGACACCGACCUCUCCACCAACGGCAGCGGCGAGUUCUGGCUGUACGGUUAUGGUCAAGACCACAGAGGCACACCCGAGGCUCCUGGCCGUGUUGUCACGCUCAUAGAGCGCUCGUUCUGGGAGCAGCUGACCGACCACCACGACUCGGCACCUGAACGCGUCUGGGGUGUCGCCUACCGUAUCAAGGCAGACAAGGUCGCCGAAGUCAAGGACUAUCUUGACAUUCGCGAGAUCAACGGCUACACGAUCCACUACGCCCCUUUCUACCCAGCUGAUGGCUCCGAGCCAAUCCGCACACUUGUGUACAUUGGCACCCCGGACAAUGACCAGUUUGUCGGACCACAGGAUCCUCAGGCUCUCGCCGCCCACAUCCGUAAGAGCCGCGGCCCGAGUGGGCUAAACAUCGACUACCUUCUUGGCCUCGAAGAAGCUCUUGACGGACUGAGCCCGGAGAGUGGCGACGUCCACAUCACCGACCUCUCCAAUAGAGUACGGGCCAUCAUCUCCGCCGAGGAGACAUCCCACGACGCUACGCAACCACCGCUGUCAGCCGUCGGCGGUACUUUCAAGCAAGAAACCAGUGUCAAGGAACAGGAGGAGACUGAAAAGACAGACUGA